UGAUGUAUAAUGUUUGUGUUAAUAAACUUGUUAAUAUGCGUCUUAAUUUGCCCAAAUAUAUUUAAUUUUUAACUCUUUCUGAAUUAUAAUUUUCUUGUAGGGCUAAGAUAACACACUUGAGAAUUCCGGCCAAUUUGUGUUAUUUUCGAGAUUUAAUUGAUAAGCGAAUAAAAUUAGAUGAAAGACACCUAAAAGCCCUACAGACGACACCUUUUCACAGCUUUCUCAAUAUACCCACAUCCUUGAGCAAUGAGCAAAUAGCAAUUGAUUGCUUGAUUCAAAAUUUUAAUCCUGAUAAAUGCUCAUUCAUGAUUGGGAAUAAAAAUUGUGUGUUCGGUAUAGAUGAUAUUCACCGAAUUACCGGAUUGCCAAAGGAGGGAAUUCCGAUAAAAAUGAGUGGGGCAGCGGCUAAUACAAUCUACACCUAUUUUGUAAAGAAUUAUAAGAAAGCCGAUGAGGAAAAGAAGGCGGUGAUUUCGGGGAAGCGCGAUAGAAUGGCCGAGAUGAUUGUAGAUAUGAUUAAUGAAGACCCUAUAAUAUGUGUGAAACUUAUUGUGGCUUUCAUUAUCGGCUUCAUAUUAUGCCCGCGGACAUGUAAGACAUGUCCCUUGUGGGCGUUUAGAUAUGCGGAGCAGUUAUCAACUUUGCAUAAAUAUAAUUGGUGCCAUGCGGUGUUCACUCUUCUUUGCAAAGAGAUGAGUAAAUCAAAGAAGUCUCUUAGUAUGCGGGAAUUAGGUCAGCGCUCAAAUGCCGGGUACAUGGGUGGUUUUUCCUCCGUUUUACUGGUUUGGUUUUAUGAAAAAGUAGGGGAAUUAGAGUACACUUCAGAUAUUGAAAGGUUACCGCCGCUCUUUUGUGUGAAGAGUACUGGAAAGUGGAGGAGGACUACUAUGAACAAAUUAUAUAGAGUCCCGAAGUUGGUUACAGAUAAUGGCCAAGAGAAUACUCCUCUUAUUCAUACGGCAUCGCCAAUAGUAUUUGAAUCAAGGAAAGCUGAAUUAAUUUUCUUAAUUGCGGAGAAGACGUACGAGUUGAAUGAGCUCACUACAGAAUUACGAGAAUUAGAAGAGCGUAGUGCUAGAUGCCAAAAAAAACCAAGGAGAAAGAGGAUGACGGAAAUAGAUGUUUCUCAAAAAUAUGAAGGUGGUAAUGAGAAUAACAGAGAAACGCCAUCUAUCAAACGGGCUGUCGGAAAGAGGGAGAGGAAGGAUGGACCCUCUGUUACUUCACCUUAUAUGCCUCUAGAUCAACCAAAGGAAGGCACAAAGAAGAGUCAUGUCAUCCAGAUAUUGGAUAGUCCUGAGGGGAAAAAAAAGUGCAAAAAUCAAGAAAGCUUCAUACCUACAUCUAGAGACUAUCCAGGUAAGGCACUGGCGUUUGAUUAUGAGAACAAAUUAAUUGAAGACUUUCUACAAUCGAGAAUGAACAGUGAUACGUACAUUUGGAAGUGUGCCGAAGCAAGCGUAUCUCGCUUAGAUGCUUAUAUACUAUUAACGGGAGGUGAACUCAGUGACGAUGUGAUCGAUGCAUUUGUUAUUCGGCUUUGUAACAAGAUUGAAACAACUGAUAGUUAUGAUCGAAAGAUACAUGUCACAAGACCUUGGCUUGCACAAGCAUUUCUAGAAGGAAAUCUUGAAAUGGUGGCAAAACGAAUGAAGGAAAAUGUUUCUCAGCAGAAGUUCUUGGAGUGUGAAAGAAUUCUGAUCCCGAUUGUCAGCUCCGGACAUUGGCACCUGGUAGAGUUAGUGAGAGAGGAGACAAAAUUCUAUCACUACUCCUCAAUCAACUCCCCCAUUUAUACCGCCGAUGCUGUGAAAUUUAUAAAUAAGUUUAUGAGUUUCAUUGAGAGUAAUUGGGGAUUGGGGAAAUUGGAGCAUCAUGGUCUUGUGUCAGUUGCCGUGCCACAACAAGGACCGUAA